AUGUACUGGUCAACCAGCUCGAAAAAUGGGUCUACUGUGGCAAAGCCUACCACAGCUGCAACAACGGCUACCGCAUCGGUUCACGAAAAUGCAAGUGGACAAACCCCGCUAGAACCUGGUCAGCUCUUUUGGGUCCACAGCCAGAUCCGUGAGGACAAUGACGAGGACGGUGUUAUGUACUACUGUGGGUGGGACGAGUCUGACAGACUCAUCAUGCUGAAGCUGCCCUCGGAGAGGGUCUCCGAGUCCUUCUUGAUCCAGAAAGUAAACAAGGACGCAUCCUACUGCGUCCUCAAGGACAGAAGGCAAGCCCUUAAAUGGAUUUUCAAGAAUUCUUCGGACGCCAUCGUAGCCAAGGCAAAGGCGCAGGCGCUGGAAGAAGACGCAAAUAAAUAA